AUUGCUACCACCACUACCACCACCACAGUUACUAUUACAGCCGCCGCAAAAGUCAAACUCCGUCGUGAAGACGAAGACCCCUCCUUCCAAGAAGCAAUCUCCCACUUCGGCAACUCCACUCUGAGAGCCGAUGCAACAACGACUAUCUAUGGCCCCGCCAAACGCACCGUCCAGGUCAGAGCCGUUGCCACCCCAAUGUCCAUCACCAAUUGGGAGCCCGCCUCUAUCUCCGCAGCAUGCAGCCAAGUCGCCAAGGGUACGAUCACCAGCACAAAGACGAGGACGGACACGGUGCUUGUCACGGCGGUGGAAACAUCCACUGCUAGUAGCACCAUGACAGUCACGGCUACGAGCACAAUCACUGUGAUGGAGAGUAGGCCGCUUUCGACGGAUGGGAGGUGUGGGUAUGAAUUUAGGGGGCAGACGUGUGGAGGAGUUUGUUGCAGUGUUUGGGGGUGGUGUGGCGGGGGUGAGGAUUGGUGUUCAUGGGGAUGUAGGAGUCAAUUUGGGACUUGCUGGUGAAGAGUAAUUGGGGCGAGGACGGAGACGAGUUGGAUAUGACGGAGGUGAAUUCACUCGAAAUUGGUGAUAGUUUUAUUCUUACUGACUGUUUAUACUUUCGUUAAGAUGAUUAUUUGAUUGUUCAUUAUCUAGUUGUACACUAUGC